AUGCAGGAUCCGGACAAGAUAAACCUCUCGCCAAGAGCGCAAUCAUGGCAAGAGUACGAUGAAGGCGCCGAGACAUGGGCCCCGGUCCCAAGCGCCGACGAGACGAGUCUUCCAAAGGGCCCAAAAGAAUCAGUCGGCGUCGGCCAUAGCCUAGUUCUCGCCACAUGGAACGUGAACUGUAUCGGCCCACAGCCAGGCGCCCGCCUCGGCGCAAUCUUCUCGCACAUCGUCAACCACGCACCGUCGCCCGACAUUAUCUUCUUUCAGGAAGUGUCGAGGCCUAUGAUUGGCUCCUUGCUAUGCCGCGACGAGGUCCGCAGGGGAUGGUAUUCAAGCGAGAGGGAUUCUAUCAACUGGAUAUCCGCGUUCGCGACCGUCAUCCUCCUAUCCAAGGCUCGCUUCGGACCUGUAGGCACGUCGCCCUUUGCCAUUCUCGGCCGGCUUUCAAGAAUCAGGUAUCCGUCGAUGAUGAGAAGAGAUGCUCUAUGCGGCGAUAUAUUCGUUCCGACGAAGAGAGCAGCAAACAGUAGCUCACAGCCUCAUUACAUCCAGGUCAGGUUGGUCAACGUGCACCUGGAGUCCAAGAACCUGCCAGAUUGCGCAUCAUAUCGGGCGGGACAGUUGUCGGUUGCCGCGUCAAUGCUUCACAAAACCGUACAUGGCCUGGUUGCGGGUGAUUUUAACCCCGUCGAUCCGCGGGACGAAACCGUGAUCGAGGACAACGGGCUUCAGGACGCGUGGACAAAGUUGCGAGGUGGAGAGGCUGGGUGCACAUGGGGAGUCGACGGGAGGGCGAGAUAUCCGGCCACCCGAAUGGACAAGGUCGCGAUACUGGGCUUGAUGCCUCUACACAUCGAAGUCAUGCACCCGCAGAAGCUUCCGGUUCUAGGACUGAGCGCCCCGAUUGCAAUGUCGAAUCACUUCGACUUCGGGGAAAGCAAAACCCAGGGAACAACGGCUUGGAGCGAUCACUCAGGACUGAAGUUCACUUUCAAGCUGGAUGGAGACGAGUCCGAUUAG